AUGUCCGCACAUGUGCAUCGUGACGGUGCCGCCGGGCCCAGUGCUCUUGAAGCUACCGAAAUUUUGGCCGCCGACGAGUCCUCAUCCUCAAGCGGAGCUUCCGGGACAAACGAAUCUACAGAGAUCAGCGACCUUUUGAUUGAGAUGCUCGAUCCCGAUAGCGACGUGAUCCUCUUUGUUGGCAAGGAAAGAAAAAUGAUCUGGGCAUAUUCAAACUUUCUUCGUGCGAUCUCCCCUCGCUUCCAGGAGAUGCUGCAAGAAUAUCCUGGCCCACGUUACGACGAUGAGAAGGGUUUGAGGCCUAUGUGUGUGAAGUCGCUCCCAGACGAUGACGCCGAUUCCAUGACGCGGCUUCUUCGUGCCCUUUCGGGAGUAGACCCUGGCAUGGAUGAGCCAAAGCCAAGAGAAAUCCAAAAGAUCGGCGAGUUGGCGGACAAGUACGCAAUGGUCUCUCGCCUAACCUACGCAGGAUCCUAUUGGCUUCGGGACCGCAAUAUAGAAGACCCUGCAGAUUACUGGUAUCUCCUGAUUGCCGCGUAUAAUUUCAGACUUCGGGAACCAUUCAAAAGGUUCAGCAAGGCACUGAUCACGCGGCAUGGAAGGAUGAGUUCAUCUCUCCUAAAACCUGCCACUGAGACACCGGGAACUGUGUCAGGUUUCCGACUAGCUUUAGCCAUCGAGGAGCGUCGGCAUUGGCAUGCCGUUAACAUGUACCGCGAAAUCCUGGGGCUCUGCUUAGAUUGCUUCGAAAACGGCGAAAGUGCUUUUCCUGGUGAAAACGGUAGUUGUGACGUCUGCGGAGCCAACUGUGCCUGAAGCACUGUUGUCCACCUUUCGAUCAUGGAUGGCAUACUCAAGGGAGACGGAUGAUGGGGGGCAAAAGCCCAUGACGCAAGACGAGGAUAAUGUUUGUGCAAUUGUGUUCGAUUUAUCCCUGAGAAACUGGCAUCUAUGUACGUUUGGAAUGGGUCAUGUCCAAAUUGUAGUAGACAUUGUG